AUGGUGAUGGAGUUGGAGUACUCGCCGCGCCAUUCGCCUGGCGGGAGCAUGCACAUGCUGUCGCCCACCCACGCUCACGGCACCGACGGCUUCAAUACGAUCCGCCAAAUCCGUCGCUCCCUCUCGCGCUCGCCCUCGAAGCCUUCGCGAUUCACCUUGUAUACCACCAAAGGCGCCGCCACCUCUCCAGUUGCGCCCAUGUCGCCUGCGCCCAGAUCACCAUCCCAACUGAGCCGCGCAUUCAGCGCCGACUCCACACACUACACCAAGACCGCACCACCGCGAACUGGGGUCGUUCGCACGAGAUCCCGAAGAGCGUCGCCUAACAGCCCACUCAGGCGCGCACUCAGCGACAACACCAACCAGGCCAACGCCACUCCCCGAUACGCCACCCGUCGCUCUUCCACAGAGCAGGACCAGGAGAACGUGGACUGCACCGACGACGCCGUGAAGGCUGCGCCAGAGUCGCAUUUCGACGACCCCAUCAAGUUGGACUUUGCAAAGCCAGGUCCUGAUAAGCUCUUGCAACCUGUCAUGCGAGAACAUGGAUCACCCAUGAAGUCCAGUCCACUGAAGAGAAGUGACGGUGUCAUGAAUCUUGAGGCGGCCAGCUUGGGAAGCCCGCGCAGCACCAAGCGCAGAAGCAUCCAUGGAUCAUCUCUGGGUGCCGACUUCAACAUUUUCGACCAAGGCUUUGACAGCUCUCAUAGUGACAAUGGAGAGUCUUGUGAGGAAAAGGAGAAGGAGACUGGCCAGAACUUUGCCUGGGCUGCACCUCCUGCAAGCUCACCACAAAGACGACCAUUCAGCCUGCGAAAGUCGACUUUACAGCAGCGUGCUGGGUCUGCACGCAAGAAUCUCUUUGGCGAAGCUGGUCGCGAGGGUACAAUGAGUCCCUCACUUUCUCGAGCUCGGUCACGAAUCUCCCUGGACGGCGCACUGCCACUUCGCAGCCCUGAUAUGGACUCUUCAGUGCGGCGAGGCAGCUUGGGCGACCCACCGGUCUUGUUUCCACCACCUGCGCAGAAACUCUACCAGUCAGCGCCGAAGCCGCAUCCGCUGUCUCACGCCUUGACCCCAUCUUCGUCCACCUCUAGCGUGACUGCUGAAGACGACAAAGACGGUGAGGAUGAGCCGACUCAUAUCGAGUUUAAGAGUAUUCCCAAAGACCCUCAGCCCGACCUUCCCAGGCCUCCGCCUGGCUUUUCAAAGUCUCUGCCCAUCGGCGCCAUACGGCCUGCACAGGGCGGUAGUCAAGGGUCGCACGCCACACCUGCUGCCUUUAAGAUGGCCAAACCUUUGCCGCAAGCUUUCAUGUCCACCGGUCUGAUCUCGAAGCGACAUCGUAACAUCGAUGGACCACCGGCCAAUCUCUUCUCGAGCACGCACAUGCCGGACACACCGUCGAAGAAGGCACCUCAUAUCCAGUUUGGCGCCAGCCCAGCUCCUUCCGCGCUGGGCAAGGUGACGAAACCACUGCACGAGUUUGGCAGCCCGAGCACACCUUUCAAUGGAAGAUUGUCCAAGGUCUCCCCUGAAUCCUUCGGCAAGGGCGUCAACAUUUUCGGCUCGAAAGUCAACCAGCCACAACUCACUCGUCGCAGCAGUUUCCUUAGCGCAGAUGGAGACGACCAGAGCAACUCACCUACACACCACUUGGUGGGUCCUGCGAACAACGAUGAUUUACCGCCAACGCCAACAAAGUCGACAUCUUCUGCCAGCACCCGGCCACAAUCAAAGGGAAAGAGCAACAGCUUGCGCAGCAGUCUGUUUGGGAGGAGAACUUCCCUGGGUCCCGACACGUUUGCCUCACCAGCCGACCGUGAGCAUUCGCCGACACCAGGUGAUGAAUCUCCAUGCCCCUUAGACACCAGUGAGGAGCCACACAAGUACUCUCCUCACACUCCGCAGGACUCCUUCGUCCCACCGGACCCAAGCAACCUGUCGAUAUCUGUCGAGAACAAGUCAUCUCUCUUCAACAGCAACAGCUUCCCACCAGCAACGCCAACUGGACCCAGAGACAGUCACUUCGGCCUUAGCAUUACCCAAGGACAUGGCUCAUCCGGUUACUUUGCGAACGAUGUCGACACUGCCAUGACCUCCCGCUUUGCAUCUGUCACCUCCCUCGGCAUGGGCGAAUUCUCCCAAGUGUACAAGGUCGAGAAGCCACUCCAAUCGGGCCCUUCACCUGCCGAUGUCAAGACGUGCGCAUCCAGCAACGUCUGGGCUGUCAAGAAGUCGAGGAAGCCUUAUACUGGCGUCAAGGAUCGUCAGCGUAAGAUGCAAGAAGUGCAGAUUUUGAAACAGCUCCGCGGCAACGAGCACAUUGUCGAACUGGUGGAUGAGUGGGAGGCUAAGAACCACCUCUACAUCCAGACCGAGUAUUGCGAGAAUGGCAAUCUGAAGGACUUCCUCCUGUCCACCGGAUUCAAGGGUCGAUUGGACGACUUUCGCAUCUGGAAGAUCCUGCUGGAAUUGUCGCAAGGCGUAAAGUCAAUCCAUGACGCCGACUUCAUCCAUCUCGACCUCAAGCCCGCCAACAUCUUCAUCGACUGGGAAGGCCUGCUCAAGAUCGGCGACUUUGGCAUGGCAAGCACGUGGCCAGCCCCUGCUGGCAUUGACGGGGAAGGCGACCGCGAGUACAUCGGCCCGGAAGUCCUUUCUGGUCGAUUCGACAAACCCGCCGACAUCUUCUCGCUCGGUAUGAUCAUGCUGGAGAUUGCCGGUAACAUCGUGCUUCCCGACAACGGAACAUCAUGGCAACGCCUGCGUGCGGGUGACUUGAGCGACCUACCGAGCUUGACCUGGAGUUCGGACAGCAAUCUUAUGCGGGAUGAGUCAGGCGAUCCUGUUGAACUGAUGCAUGGUCAGUCGAAUGAGUCCCUCUGCGCGUCGAACCAGGGCGACGAUGAUCUCAGCUUUUUGCGUCCCACCGGACCCACGAUGGAGCGCAGCCAGGAACUGGUGAAGCCACCGAACUUCAUGGUUGACCCGACAGAUUCGGAAGCUCUGGAUCGUGUGGUUCAGUGGAUGAUCUGUCCAGACCCUGACAAUCGCCCUGUCAUCGAUCAGCUGCUCGCAACUGGAAGCGUACAAUGGGUUGAUCAGCGACGUCGCGCGGGAGCCACCGUAUAUGAAGGCAACUAUGGACCAGCAGACGAUGUUCUGAACCACGGUAUGAAGGAAGACGAUGUCGAGAUGACCGACAUAUGA